CUAAACCGUAACCCACAAUCCUUUUGACUCCUUGGCUGUAGCGCUGAAAAGCACAAACCUCUGUGGUGGAUUGUUCAAGUGCUUGGGUGUUUUAAGAGAAAAUGGCUGAUUCUGUGGUUGAUUUUCUACUGGAGGACCUACGUCAGGUGUUAAGCCGUUGUACUGCUUUGAUUCUUGAAGAAAUGGUUCCUAUUGAAGUCCUUUAUGAGGAUCUUAAAUUCAUAAAAGACUUCCUCAGGGAUUCCAAGGAGAAGUUCAAUGAGAGCGAUGAAUUGAAGAUCUUAGUGACACAUAUUGGAGAGAUGGCUUCCAAGGCAUUGGUUGACCUUGACAUGUUUACAAUCAUUAGCCUCAUGUAUGAGGGUAUGAACAUCUCUGAGCGAUUCUAUCAGGUCUUUGGUCGUUCCCAAAAGGUGAGAGAUAUGAUACUUGAGGUUAAGUCUAUCAAGAAACAAGUGUUGGAGAUUUAUGACAAGAAGCUCUACAGCAUCGCAGUACCACAAGAAGAGACUAUUGCAGGUAGGGGAUGUCAAUUUACACUUCAGUACAAAUACGAUACAAACUUGACAAUUACACAAUUGAUACAAAAUGAGUUGGGUUAAUGGUAGAUAAGAAUAACAUGUUAGUAG